CCGCCGCCGCGGUUCCCGCAAGCGGCGCUGUGGCCCCGCCCCCGGAGCCCCGGCUGAAGGAAGAACCUGUCUCCCGCGGCGCCCCAGUGACGAAGCCUAUCUUCGGGUGCGGGAGGCGGGGAACGGAGGGCAGCCAAAGGAUUUCGCUCCUCAGUGCGAGAUCCGGAACGUGCUGGCGGUGCCCGCUCCGAGCAGAGACUGUCAGUUUCGGAUCCAACGAUGGUGAUGGCAAAGCUUACCCGGGUUCUCUGUCAAAUCAAAGCUGUCACAGAAUAAAUCCCAUUGCCUGCUGCGAAGCCCCCACGCACCGCAAACUUCAGUGAGCGAACUGGGUAAUCGGUGUUUGGAUAUGCAGAUGCCUGAUCUAAAAGGCGGGGUGACCCCCCCAAGAACCUCUCCUGGGGGCCGAAGCCCGCAGGUGCAGUGAAGCGCGCGUGCGGGUGCUGGCGCUCGCGAAGACGCCUUGCCCGGGGAGAGGGAGCCCCGGCGCCCGGCGGGGUCUGGCGGCCGCGCACCGGCGUGUUGUCUCCGGCGGCAGCGGUGGCGGAUGAUGGUGGUGGCGGGCGCACUGGGCUGUGUCUGUGCGUCGCCGCGGAAAUCAGCGCUCGGCGCUGCACACUGAGCCUUUGCAGGUCCUCCGCAGCCCGAGUCUUGGCGAGUACAGACCCGGCGCGCAGGGGCCGCGGACCCGCGCGCGGGGGGGCCGGGGGGCGAGUGGGGUCGGCUUAUCAUGGCGGAUCGGACAGCUCCCAGCUGCCAGCUCCGGCUGGAGUGGGUGUACGGGUACCGGGGUCACCAGUGCCGUAACAACCUGUACUACACCGCCGGCAAGGAGGUGGUCUACUUUGUGGCUGGGGUCGGGGUGGUUUACAACACCCGAGAGCACAGCCAAAAAUUCUUCUUGGGACACAACGACGACAUUAUCAGCCUUGCCUUACACCCAGAUAAAACUCUCGUUGCAACUGGCCAAGUUGGGAAGGAGCCAUAUAUAUGUAUAUGGGAUUCCUAUAAUGUCCAGACUGUAUCUAUUCUUAAAGAUGUCCAUACCCAUGGAGUCGCCUGCCUGGCUUUCGACUCAGAUGGACAGCGUUUGGCCUCUGUGGGAUUGGAUGCCAAAAACACAGUCUGCAUUUGGGACUGGAAGAAGGGAAAACUUCUGGCCUCUGCCACCGGCCACUCCGACCGGAUUUUUGAUAUUUCCUGGGAUCCAUAUCAGCCAAACAGAGUGGUUAGCUGUGGAGUUAAACAUAUAAAGUUUUGGACACUCUGUGGAAAUGCCCUGACUGCAAAAAGAGGGAUAUUUGGCAAAACGGGGGAUCUUCAGACCAUCCUUUGCCUUGCAUGUGCCAAAGAAGACAUCACCUAUUCUGGUGCUUUAAAUGGAGACAUCUACGUCUGGAAAGGGCUCAAUUUAGUCCGCACCAUUCAAGGCGCACAUAGUGCUGGAAUCUUUAGCAUGUAUGCUUGUGAAGAAGGCUUUGCCACUGGUGGACGAGAUGGGUGUAUUCGAUUAUGGGAUACUGAUUUCAAGCCAAUAACCAAAAUUGAUCUCAGGGAGACAGAACAAGGAUAUAAAGGCCUCUCUAUCCGGAGCGUGUGCUGGAAGGCAGACCGCCUGCUAGCAGGGACCCAGGACAGUGAGAUAUUUGAAGUGAUCGUGCGCGAAAGAGACAAGCCGAUGCUGAUCCUGCAAGGCCACUGUGAGGGGGAGCUCUGGGCGCUGGCCCUGCACCCCAAGAAGCCACUAGCUGUGACAGGCAGUGACGACCGUUCUGUCAGGCUGUGGAGCCUGGCCGACCACGCCUUGAUCGCCCGCUGUAACAUGGAGGAAGCAGUUCGCAGUGUGGCCUUCAGCCCCGAUGGAUCUCAGCUGGCCCUGGGCAUGAAGGAUGGCUCUUUCAUUGUGCUCCGAGUCAGAGAUAUGACAGAAGUGGUUCAUAUCAAAGAUCGAAAAGAAGUCAUUCAUGAAAUGAAAUUUUCUCCAGAUGGCUCUUACCUCGCGGUGGGAUCCAAUGAUGGCCCAGUGGACGUGUAUGCCGUGGCCCAGCGAUACAAGAAGAUUGGAGAAUGCAGCAAGUCCCUUAGUUUCAUCACACACAUUGACUGGUCUUUGGAUAGCAAAUACUUGCAGACUAAUGACGGUGCAGGAGAACGCCUGUUCUACAAGAUGCCAUCUGGGAAGCCUUUAACAAAUAAAGAAGAAAUCAAAGGAAUUCCCUGGGCCUCCUGGACUUGUGUAAAAGGCCCUGAAGUGAGUGGGAUUUGGCCGAAGUACACUGAUGUUACUGACAUCAAUUCAGUGGAUGCAAAUUACAAUAGCUCAGUGCUGGUUUCUGGCGAUGAUUUUGGACUAGUUAAAUUGUUUAAAUUUCCUUGUCUCAAGAAAGGAGCCAAAUUUAGAAAAUAUGUGGGCCAUUCUGCACAUGUCACAAAUGUCCGCUGGUCCCAUGAUUUUCAGUGGGUAUUGAGCACAGGAGGGGCUGACCACUCAGUUUUCCAGUGGAGAUUUAUUCCAGAAGGUGUCAGCAACGGUCUGUUGGAAACUGCACCCCAGGAAGGUGGCACUGAUUCCUACAGUGAAGAAUCUGAUUCGGAUUUAUCUGAUGUACCAGAAUUGGACUCUGAUAUUGAGCAAGAAACUCAAAUCAAUUAUGAUCGCCAGGUUUACAAAGAAGAUCUACCUCAGCUAAAGCAACAAAGUAAAGAGAAAAACCAUGCAGUGCCCUUCCUCAAAAGAGAAAAGGCUCCUGAGGACAGCUUGAAACUCCAGUUCAUACACGGUUACAGAGGCUACGACUGUAGAAACAAUCUGUUCUACACGCAGACUGGGGAAGUGGUCUAUCACAUUGCUGCAGUUGCUGUCGUGUACAACAGACAGCAACACUCCCAGAGGCUGUACCUGGGGCAUGAUGAUGACAUUCUCAGCCUGACCAUCCAUCCAGUGAAGGACUACGUGGCCACUGGGCAGGUUGGAAGAGAUGCUGCUAUUCACGUGUGGGACACACAAACUCUAAAAUGUCUGUCGCUACUGAAAGGACAACACCAGAGAGGAGUGUGUGCGCUCGAUUUUUCAGCUGAUGGAAAAUGUCUGGUGUCGGUUGGUUUAGACGAUUUUCACAGUAUUGUGUUUUGGGACUGGAAAAAGGGAGAAAAGAUAGCCACCACAAGAGGGCAUAAAGAUAAGAUAUUUGUGGUUAAAUGUAACCCACACCAUGUUGACAAACUGGUUACAGUUGGGAUGAAGCACAUCAAAUUCUGGCAACAAGCAGGUGGGGGCUUCACCUCUAAAAGAGGAAUUUUUGGCAGUGUUGGAAAAUUGGAAACAAUGAUGUGUGUUUCUUAUGGACGAAUGGAAGAUCUAGUGUUCUCAGGAGCAGCUACUGGAGAUAUUUUUAUUUGGAAAGAUAUUCUACUACUAAAGACAGUGAAAGCUCAUGACGGGCCUGUGUUUGCUAUGUAUGCAUUGGAUAAGGGUUUCGUAACGGGUGGAAAGGAUGGAAUUGUAGAACUCUGGGAUGACAUGUUUGAAAGAUGCUUGAAGACUUACGCCAUUAAAAGAGCAGCAUUGUCAACCAGUUCAAAAGGCUUGCUUUUGGAAGAUAACCCUUCAAUUCGUGCCAUCACUUUGGGACAUGGACAUAUCCUGGUGGGAACAAAAAAUGGGGAGAUCCUGGAAAUUGAUAAAAGCGGCCCAAUGACACUGCUUGUUCAGGGGCACAUGGAGGGAGAAGUAUGGGGGCUGGCAGCCCACCCUCUCCUGCCCAUCUGCGCAACGGUGAGCGACGAUAAAACGCUUCGGAUCUGGGAAUUAUCCUCCCAACACCGUAUGCUGGCAGUACGAAAGCUCAAAAAAGGUGGAAGAUGCUGUGCCUUCUCCCCUGACGGGAAAGCCUUAGCAGUUGGCUUGAAUGAUGGGAGUUUCCUGGUCGUAAAUGCUGACACUGUUGAAGACAUGGUCUCCUUCCAUCACAGAAAAGAAAUGAUCUCUGAUAUUAAAUUUUCAAAAGAUACAGGAAAAUACCUUGCUGUGGCAUCCCAUGAUAACUUUGUGGAUAUUUACAAUGUCCUUACAAGCAAGCGGGUUGGCAUCUGUAAAGGUGCUUCUAGUUAUAUUACACACAUUGACUGGGACUCAAGAGGAAAAUUGUUGCAAGUUAAUUCGGGUGCCAAAGAACAACUCUUUUUUGAAGCUCCACGAGGCAAACGGCAUAUAAUAAGACCUUCAGAGAUUGAGAAGAUAGAGUGGGACACGUGGACAUGCGUCCUGGGGCCGACCUGCGAGGGCAUCUGGCCUGCGCAUAGCGACGUGACUGAUGUCAAUGCGGCCAGUCUUACCAAAGACUGUUCCCUCCUAGCCACCGGAGAUGAUUUUGGCUUUGUUAAGCUUUUCUCCUAUCCCGUCAAGGGCCAGCAUGCAAGAUUCAAGAAGUAUGUGGGGCACAGCGCGCACGUCACCAACGUGAGGUGGCUGCACAAUGACUCUGUGUUGCUCACGGUGGGCGGCGCGGACACCGCCUUGAUGAUCUGGACGAGGGAGUUCGUGGGGACCCAAGAGAGCAAACUAGUGGACAGUGAGGAGUCGGACACAGAUGCGGAAGAGGACGGAGGCUAUGACAGCGACGUUGCUAGAGAGAAGGCCAUUGACUACACCACCAAGAUCUAUGCGGUGAGCAUCAGGGAGAUGGAAGGCACCAAACCACACCAGCAGCUGAAAGAAGUUUCGGUGGAAGAAAGACCGCCAGUUAGCAGAGCAGCACCCCAGCCUGAGAAACUCCAGAAGAACAAUAUCACCAAAAAAAAGAAACUGGUUGAGACCAGAAGCCAGAGUUGGCUGUCUAACCAGCCGCGCGGUUCCCAUGAGGAGCUGGCUCUCGACCACGUGUUUGGCUACAGGGGGUUCGACUGUCGCAACAACCUGCAUUACCUGAAUGACGGCGCAGACAUCAUCUUCCACACGGCGGCGGCUGGCGUGCUGCAGAACCUCUCCACGGGGAGCCAGAGCUUCUACCUGGAGCACACGGAUGACAUCCUCUGCCUCACAGUGAACCAGCACCCUAAGUACAGGAACGUGGUGGCCACCAGCCAGAUAGGGACGACGCCUUCAAUCCACAUCUGGGACGCCAUGACCAAGCACACCCUCUCAAUGCUGCGGUGCUUCCACUCGAAAGGGGUGAAUUACAUCAAUUUCAGUGCCACCGGGAAGCUCCUGGUGUCGGUGGGAGUGGACCCCGAGCACACCAUCACCGUCUGGCGUUGGCAAGAAGGUGCCAAGGUUGCCAGCCGAGGGGGUCACCUGGAGCGCAUCUUUGUGGUGGAAUUUCGCCCCGACUCAGACACCCAAUUUGUGUCUGUCGGGGUCAAACAUAUGAAAUUCUGGACCCUGGCAGGCAGCGCCCUGCUUUACAAGAAGGGGGUCAUCGGGUCCAUGGAGGCUGCCAAGAUGCAGACGAUGCUCUCCGUGGCCUUCGGUGCUAACAACCUCACUUUCACGGGUGCCAUCAAUGGAGACGUCUACGUGUGGAAGGACCACUUCCUCAUCCGGCUGGUGGCCAAGGCACACACAGGCCCCGUCUUCACAAUGUACACGACCCUUCGGGAUGGACUCAUAGUGACUGGUGGCAAAGAGCGGCCGACCAAAGAAGGAGGUGCUGUGAAGCUGUGGGACCAGGAGAUGAAGCGCUGCAGGGCCUUCCAGCUGGAGACGGGACAGCUGGUGGAGUGUGUGCGCUCUGUGUGCCGGGGCAAAGGAAAAAUUUUAGUAGGAACCAAAGAUGGAGAAAUAAUUGAAGUUGGUGAAAAAAAUGCUGCUUCCAACAUCCUAAUUGAUGGACACAUGGAAGGGGAGAUCUGGGGUCUGGCCACACACCCCUCCAAGGACAUCUUCAUCUCUGCCAGCAACGACGGCACAGCCCGCAUCUGGGACCUGGCUAACAAGAAGCUGCUUAACAAGGUGAACCUGGGCCACGCGGCCAGGUGUGCGGCCUACAGCCCUGACGGGGAGAUGGUGGCCAUCGGCAUGAAGAAUGGCGAGUUCGUCAUCUUGCUGGUGAACAGCCUCAAAGUCUGGGGGAAGAAACGAGACCGGAAAUCUGCUAUCCAAGAUAUCAGAAUCAGCCCAGACAGCAGAUUCUUAGCCGUUGGUUCUUCAGAACACACAGUUGACUUCUAUGACCUCACUCAAGGCACAAGCCUGAAUCGCAUUGGCUACUGCAAAGAUAUUCCAAGUUUUGUCAUCCAGAUGGAUUUUUCGGCGGAUGGCAGAUACAUCCAGGUGUCGACAGGGGCCUAUAAGCGCCAGGUGCAUGAGGUCCCCCUGGGAAAGCAGGUCACUGAAGCCACGGUCAUCGAGAAGAUCACCUGGGCCUCCUGGACAAGCAUUCUGGGGGAUGAAGUCAUUGGCAUCUGGCCACGAAAUGCAGACAAGGCUGACGUCAACUGCGCUUGUGUGACCCAUGCUGGCCUCAACAUUGUCACCGGAGAUGACUUUGGGCUAGUGAAGCUCUUUGAUUUUCCAUGCACAGAGAAAUUUGCCAAACAUAAGCGUUACUUUGGCCACUCUGCUCACGUGACGAACAUCCGUUUCUCUCAUGAUGACAAGUAUGUGGUCAGCACUGGAGGAGAUGACUGCAGUGUGUUUGUAUGGCGGUGUCUGUAAAUGCCAGAAACCUCUUUCUUGCUGCUGCUGCUUCCCCCCACCCUGCCCAGCCACCACGGAGGCACUUCAGGGCCCCUCUGUGCCGCCAGCUGCUGGCCCAGGCCCACCGCACUGCAGGCCACACGAGUGUCACGCGCCAGCAAAGCGAGGUGACAGCUCCAUCCUCUGCGAAACUGUGACGCUAAGGUCAGUUCUCACAUGAGAGGAGUCCUUGCCUCUGUUCCUGAGACAACGUACUAACCACACUGACAAAAAAUUCUGAUAAUGUAGCCCGCUGACCAAAUUCAAAGCCUCAGUUAACCCUAACCAAUAUGUAGCUUUUAAUUUGCACCAAAACUUUUACAAAAGAUGUUUUGCUAUUGUUUCUAUAUACUUUAAAAAUAUUCAUUUUUACCAAUGAGUUGAAUAAGACAGCUUCAGUUAGGUGCACCUAAGCACUAGAACUAUUGAUAGCCUCAGUUCUCCACGUUUAGCUUUCAAAACCAAAUGAGCCAUGUAUAAACAAGUUGAGAAACUUAAUUUUUUAAUGUUUCAUUUACAGAGUUUUAUAUCCAUUAAGUGCCUUUGAAAGUUACCAGUUGUGUGGGCUGCUGUCUCACCUCCCACAAUUUUUCUCCUUUCUACAUAUGGUGCUAAAACUUCAAAACUGAGGAGGGCUACAGGACCCUAACAGAUUCCUGGUCUGUCACCCAUGUCAUGUGUUUAUGUCCCGGCUUCCUAAAUGCAAGACAUCAGUUACCUGCUUGGGAAAGAGUGGCGGGUGAGCAGCAAAGAAAUUAAUUCUGGAGGGAGGGGGUAGAAAUGGGUUUUCACCGUUUAGUGCCAAACCUACAAAAUCCAAACAGAAGUAAAAUACACAACUACCACAAAACAGAGCGGGAGGGUGGGGGAAAAAAAUCUCAAGUGGAUCUGGAAGGAUGAGCCCUUAGUCCUAAAAUGGCAAUAAAUGAGGUGACCCAAGGCUGCAUUGGGUCUACCACCCCCACAGUGAGGCUGACUUGACCCCAUGGAUUUGUUCAUGUGAGCUAUAUAGGUCAAGUCCACAUAAAAAGAAAGAAAAUCUCUGCUGAACAAAUUCCUAAACCCAAACAAUAUUUGGUUAAGAUUAUAAAACAAAAUAAGCUAUCUUAAGAGUUCCUCAGAGCUAGCUGGAUGACAGAAAAUAUGACCUGAACAAUACUAACCAGAAGACCCCUACCUGGCCUCAGUCAUACUUCACUCUUGGCUCACCGCUGACCCCAGGAAGGGCAGGCCGCACACACCGCGAGGAAGGCUGGUGAGUGACUGGGGACUCCGAGCACACAUACACGGAUUAGUCUUUCCCAUCGGUGAAGCCAAAUUCUGGGGCUUGAGUUCCUGGCUAUUUGCAGUUACCAGUUUAGAGAAAGGUGAAAUGAAGCAUUUUCAAUUAAAAAGACUAACAUUUACCCCAGAAGUGCUUCCGCAUUCUAAGUGGAUUAGAUCACUCACGAAGCUAUUUUUAUAUGCCCAGUUAUGAAUGCCUUACAUUAAUCUCCUGAGAGGCUGCUGGGUCCCCAGUUUGAGCCCCUGUGCAGUCCUGACUGUUUUCUGUAACCAUGUGACUGGUGAUGCUGAGUGAUGGCCAUGUCUGCCUCUACUGUACCACUGACCUUUCAUAAUAAUCAGCCCUUGCAUUGAAAUAACCAUGUGGAAGAAUAAAUUGAUCAAUGAGGAUAUGUACAACUAUAUUUAAAGAGCAAUAGUGUCUAUGUUAAGAAACUUCGUAAAGCUUAUUUGUAAGCAUUUCUAUGGUAUGAUUUUAUGUAUGUUCAUAAAUCCUGCACUGUGUUCUAUAUGUUAAAAUAUUGGUGCAUGAAUUUAUUUUCAAUUAGCAAAGUACAAGAAAUAUAUCAUUUGAAAACAUGUUGGUUACGUGUCCGAUAAAUGGGAUCAUGUAAACACAGCUGGCGCACACGUGGGCAGGCUUCCUGAGUGCGGUCCCCUCUCCCCAGCUGAACCCAAGGCACCUCGGUGUUUCCUCUGAAGCUGCUGCCGUUUCACGGAACCAAAAUACCCAACAUCCUUUAAGUCUAUAAGCUUUAUUGAUACUUUGCUUUUACAGUUCACAAGGCAUUCCACAGAUUCAGUACAGCUUAAACCACAAAUGUAUAAAUCUUCAUUUUAUAAUUUUUUGCAUAACAAGUUUUGAUAUUUGCAAACAACGUUUUUGGAAGCAUUAGAUUCAGUCCGGAGAUUCCGAGUUUAUCACAAAAUGAACUACAGGAAGUCUGUGCGGUGAAGUUUACUAUGUGCAUGGCAUUGCUUCAUGUUGAAAACAGAUGGUAGUGCUCCUAGAAAUGGAUUUUCUGUUUCUAGCUUAUGUGCUUUGGAACUAUACACAUGUAACUGGGGACUCUCUGAGAUACCGCGCACUGUGCGGCAGCCGGAGGGGAGGGUCUAAGCUUUGUGAAACACUAUAUAUAGAUAUAUAUAUAAUCUAUAUUUACUUAUAUUGGCAAUUAAUAUAACAGUAAAAUUCACAAUACACCUAGAACAUACCAGGAAGGCAAGCUUUUUCACUCUUGCUUUAGUGGUAUGAUCUCGUCUAAACGUUUCAUUUCAGAAAAUCUGCAUCAAUCUACACAGACCAUACACAGUGCACAAACUGUGAGAAGGAUUAUUUUUUUCAGCUCCACUUUCUCUGCGACCCCCCCCCCAAAAA